CAUGGGAACAAGGGAAGAACGAAAAGGGCUCUGUGAAUCUGCAAUAAAAACCCAUUCACGAGAUUUGUUUGCUUGUAGAUUUUUGGCACAUGUGAAAGCUGGUGUUCUUGCAGAAAUCUUCAGCUUAGAUAACUCAUUCUAGGCCUCGGGGUUCCUAUGAUGGAUGAGUUGUAAAGAAUGUUCAAGAUAUUAUCAACCACGUCAUUAAACAUAUGUAUUGCUUCACUUUGUAGAGUUAAAAAUUUGAAGAAUGCCGAAGCAGUUUUGAUAGAUGGUAUUAGAGUUGGAAUACUACCUGAUGUGGUUACAUACAAUACACUGAUUGAUGGAUACUGUCGUCUAUUUGGCAUUGAUUCUGGUUAUUCAGUUCUUGGUAGAAUGAGGGAAGCCGGGAUACACCCGAAUGUCAUUACAUACAACACUUUGUUGUCUUGUGCAAGUAGAUAUAGGUUGUUGUACCAAUCUCUUGAUAUAUUUGAUGAAAUGCUUCAAAUGGGCAUUCUUCCUGAUGUUUGGAGUUACAAUAUAUUGAUGCAUUGCUUUUUCAAGGCGGGGAAACCAGAUGAGGCUUACAGGGUUUUUAAAGAUAUAUUUUUGAGGAGUAUUUAUCCUUCUCCAGCCACAUUUAAUAUCAUGUUCACUGGACUUUGCAAGAAUUGGUAUACGGAUAAUGCUCUUAUGUUACUUCGGAAUUUGCAGCGUAAUGGAUUUAGGCCUGAGUUGGUAACUUAUAACAUUCUUAUUGAUGGGCUAUGUAAGUCGGGAAAGUGGAGGACGGUGAAAGGGCUUCUGAAGGAAAUAUUGGAUUAUGGCCAUAUUCCAAAUGCCAUAACUUACACUACGGUUAUGAAAUGUUGCUUCAAAAAUAAAAUGUUCAAUGAAGGGCUUGAGAUUUUUUCAGAAAUGAAGGCGAAAGGAUAUACUUUCGAUGGCUUUGCUUACUGCACGGUCGCUGGUGCUUUACUUAGAACUGGUAGAAUAGAAGAGGCAAAUCAAUGCAUGGGAAACAUGUUUAGAAGUGGUAUUGAUCUUGACAUGGUGUGUUAUAAUACCCUAAUUAAUUUGUAUUGCAAGGAAGGUAAGUUGGAAGAUGCCUUUGGGUUGUUGGAUGAGGUAGAAAAGAUGGGAUUGGAAUGUGACAUUUACACCCACACUAUUUUGAUUGAUGGGUUGUGCAAAGCAGGUAAUAUACAGGGUGCCCAGCGACAUUUAAAGUACUUGAAUAAGAUGGGCUUUAGAACAAAUUUGGUUGCUUUCAAUAGUUUUAUUGAUGGAUUGUGUAAACUUGGUCAGAUUGAGUAUGCAAUGCAGGUGUUCGAAUCCAUGAAAGUGAAGGAUGAGUUUACUUAUUCCUCCAUUGUGCAAGGACUUUGCAGUGCUGGAAGAUUUCAUUUGGCUGCUAGGCUACUCCUAUCCUGUGUUAGAAGUGGAGUGAGAAUUUUAAGGUCUGAUAAAAAGGCUGUUAUUCGUGGUCUUCGUUUUACAGGCUUUGGUCCUCAAGCUAAGAAGAUCCAGUCAAAUAUUCGCUUGGCCAAGUUACUGCACUAUUGAUGUGUUGUGGAGAUAAAAAUUUUGUAUCUGCAAAAGAGAUUAUUCCUGUGCUGGCUGGAAAUUCGGGGUUCAUACUUUUUAUGAAAGUGAACCAACAGUCCACCUUGUAAUUUAUUUGAAAUGACUACUCUACUUAUGAGUUAUGACCAGCAGAUUGACAUUAUGGUACAGAGAAGCAAUUUCCUUCACCAUCCUUAUUGCUUAAAGAGAGAAGCAAUUUUCUUCACCAUGCUAACAAACUUAAAGGCCUGACGAGAGUUGGAAGCUGGACAACUAUUUUCUCUGAAAUUGUGGACAACUUGCUCUAUGUUGUUGAGCAACUGAAGGCAAUUAAAGUUGACUAAUUUAGCAUCAAAAGACAAUAUCAUGGUUCGGAAAUAAAAACAAUUGCAUUUUGGGAUCUGUCACUUUCUGGGAAAUUAAAGAAAGGAAAACAAUUGAAGUAAGCUGGCAUUGUUAAUACUGGAUUUUGUAUAUCCUUCAGGCUAACACAUAUGCUGAAAAGGGUGUAACAGCUCAAAACUGUUGUCACAUAUUUUCUGUCAUGGAUACUGGUGCCACUCAAAACUUAUUGCACUCUUAAGAUAUGUUCUCCUUUUGGUAUGGGUUCAUAUUCUCAAGGGGCUGGCUCUAAACUGAACACGGACUGUUUUAGCGCGGCUCUCCAUUUUUGUCACUGAAAUCGGGUUCUAGGUUCAUUUCUCAUAUGUGAUCUCAGUCGCACAAUGCAGUAAUGGCCUUGAUAAUUAUCGAAGGUUAAACAAGGAAAAGGAUCCGAAGAAUGGUUUUAGCCAUCAAGGAAGUACUGAUGUGUCAAUGUUCUGCAUCCAAAAUGCACAUGUCAACAUGUAAUGAUACACAAUCUGUGCAUAUAACAUUUGCCUUGCAGUAGAAACUUUGGUAGGGAAUCGCAAGUCAGAAUGCAAAACUGUACUUGUCCAUGAAAUUGAUGGUUUUUUUGUCCUUUGAUUGGGAUUAUUUCCUAAAUGAAACAAAACAAGGAAAUCCAGUGUUGCUCGUUA